GGAGACACAGAGGCGGACAAGAUGGCGGCGGUGACGGCGGCGCAAGGCGGGAGAAGCAGUGGCGGCGGCGGUGGCGGCGGGGCUGGCGGCGGCCCUAGCUGCGGGACAGGCAGCGGCCGCAGUGGUUUGUUGGAUAAGUGGAAGAUUGAUGAUAAGCCUGUAAAAAUUGAUAAAUGGGAUGGAUCCGCUGUGAAAAACUCUUUGGAUGAUUCCGCCAAAAAGGUACUCCUGGAAAAGUACAAGUAUGUGGAGAAUUUUGGUCUAAUUGACGGUCGCCUCACCAUCUGUACCAUCUCCUGUUUCUUUGCCAUAGUGGCUUUGAUUUGGGAUUACAUGCACCCGUUUCCAGAGUCCAAGCCAGUUUUGGCUUUGUGUGUCAUAUCUUAUUUUGUGAUGAUGGGGAUUCUGACCAUAUAUACCUCAUAUAAGGAGAAGAGCAUCUUUCUUGUGGCCCACAGAAAAGAUCCUACAGGGAUGGAUCCUGAUGAUAUUUGGCAACUAUCCUCCAGUCUCAAAAGGUUCGAUGACAAGUACACCCUGAAGCUGACCUUCAUCAGUGGGAGAACAAAGCAGCAGCGGGAAGCUGAGUUCACCAAGUCCAUUGCUAAGUUUUUUGACCACAGCGGGACAUUGGUCAUGGAUGCAUAUGAACCUGAAAUAUCCAGACUCCAUGACAGUCUUGCCACAGAAAGAAAAAUAAAAUAACCCAUUCUAAGGCAGCUCUCUGUCUGCUGGAUCAUGCUGAAUUACUGGUGGGUGGGGGGAAGAAACAGAAAACUUAAACUGGGUAAAGAAUGUAAUGCUAAAAAUGUCCCUGUUUUUCCCUGAAAAUUUAGUCCAUUCUGGAUAAAUAGGAUUUCCUAGCACACAAAUGAGAAGUUGGAGCUCUGGUGUCUAGCUGUAGCUUCUGGGUCUGCUGAUUGUGGUUUUUAUUUGCCUUUGGAGAAGCAUUUUUUGUAUUUACUAGACUUUAUAUAGCAUAGCUUUGUGCCAUGCAGCAUUUGAACACUCGGUUCUUAAGAACUGUCAACCUCGCUGGGCACAUUAGUGCACACCUAAAAUCCCAGCUCUUGGGAGGCUGAGGAAGGAGGAUUGUGAGUUUGAGGCCAUCCUGAGCCACAUAGGAAGACCCUGUCCUGGAGGGGUGGUUGUUUAUUUUUUCUGACUUUGUGUUAAUCCCUGCUUCAAUAACUAUUGCCUUGAAUUCAGGAUACAACUUCUUGUGUAUGACAGCUUUCCUUCACACACCGUUUUUGUGGGUGUGUGUAUAUACAUAAUAUAUAUAUAUAUAUCUGACUUGGGGAGAAUUAUUUUGAAAAAAGCAAAACAGCUUUUUAAUUUGUUUAAAACAGACCUUCUGCCUGUUACAUUUUGUGCUCUUAACCAAUUAAAAAAGCCGGUGGCAUUUUUAGUUUUA